AUGUUUUGGUCAAACGAGCAUGACGUGUUCUUGUGCCGAGAAGUGGUAAAUUUAAACCCUUUUACGUUCAAAAAAGGAUCCACUCAAAGAAGCGGGAUGUGGGAGAAAAUAGCUCAAAUUUUAAACGAAUGUACCGUACUGAGAUUCAGCGUUGAUAAGAGAUCGGUUCGCGACCACAUGGGGAUUCUCGUCAACAAGCAUAAAAGAAAAGUCAGAGCCGAGGAGAAGGCAUCCGGUAUAGCGCCCGACGAGCCAAGCGAAAUGGAAAAUCUUUUGGACACUAUCAUCGCUUUAGAAGAAAGUUCAGAGGCAGAAUCACAGGAAUUAAGAGCAGAGAGAAAUGAAAAAUGUGAAAACGACCGAGCAAAGGCAGAAGAUGCGAGAUUAAAGGCCAUGGAAAAGCUUUCGGAGACUAGGAAAAGAUCAAGUGAGAGCGAAGAGGAAAAACCCAAACGACAGCGUAGAAGUGGAAGUGAAGCUAUGGAAUUUUUAGCAGAUAGGGCUAAGAUGAAUUAUGAACUGAAACAACAAGAGUUUAAAAUGUUGCAAGAACAGCAAGCGUUGGAAAGAGAAAAAAUGGAAGCAAUGGCCAAACAGCAGCUACAAACACAACAGCAACAAACAGAAAUGUUUAAAGUAAUGCAACAGCAACAACAACAAAACCAACAACAGCUGAUUAACAGUCAAAUGAUGAUGAUACAACAACAACAAGAACAGUCAAGGGCAAUGAUGGCUCUAUUAGAGAAAUUAGCCAAUAAGUGA